AUGAGUAAUUUCAAUAUUCCUGAUCCUUGUUCUUCAUCGGGUUACAAUCAACUACAGCUCGUGCCUACAAAUGGGUGGUCAUCAUCUACAACUGAGCGAGGAGAAUCUUCACAUUCAAAGGAUGAAGAAACUUUGCCAAAUAUUUAUAUUCCGUUGGGGUACAGGUUUAAGCCCACGGACCACGAACUUCUAGUUUAUCUUCGCGAGAAAGUUGAUCACGACAUUAAUGUUGGUUUCAUCAUUCAUGAAGAUGUUUACCAGUAUGCGCCCCAGGAGUUGAUGGAUAAAUAUAAAGGAAGUGGGUUUUUCGACCUGAGUGAGGGGUGCAAGAUGUAUUUCUUUUCACCUGUGAAGAGAAAAGACCGCAGUGAUUCGAAGAACGAUCGGAGGGUAGCAAAGGACGGAAUUGUGAAAGGAUAUUGGAAAGCAUCUACGGCGAAAGUAGAAAUUCCAUCUCCGGAGAUGAUGACGGUUGGCCGCAGAUCCUCCCUUGUUUACUACCCAAAGCAAGAUAGUAGCUGGCUCAUGUACGAGUACCGACUCACGGAGAAAAUGUACUUAGGUAAUAAAGAGAGCGUCUCUCAUGUUUCGAAUAGGCCACGGGUUCAAGUCACACCGGGAGUUCGAGUCACAGGUCCUGUUUCCACUAUUGAAGGUAAUAAAGAGAGCGCAUUGGCGCUUUGUGUAGUUUAUAUUCGCGGAUCGAAGUCAAAGAAGGGCGAGGGCAGCUGAACUUGGAAGAAGAAAAAUUAAAAUCCUCAAAAUUGGAUUAUGGAUGGGAGUUUCUUGGGGACCAAAUACUCGUUGGCCACCUUUCGUAAAUAUAUUUUCAGUUGUUCGAGAGUAGAUUCUAGUACCAUCUUGGUUAUUGUUAUUCCAUUCCUUAUUAUAUUCAAAUUGUG